AGGCGCCAGGCGGCCUACAGCUUCAGCUUCUAGAACUCCAUGAGCUUGAAAUACAUCACAACGCUUUGUGUGCGCCAGUAUCGCCCGCGCACUUCCAUACAGAAUGGUGUCUCAUAUCCACCCCUCGAGGCAGGCUUUUGUGGAGGAGGGAUCCGAUGACGACGAUCAAGAUAUGGGGGUCGAGCUGACCAACAUCCCUCUCGACCAUGACUAUACCAUGCGAUCCGCUGGAGGCGAAACAAGUAUGCCGUCGGAAAAGGCGAGUGCCAUCAUGUCACAGUUCGAGCGAAAGCGCCGGGCUGCUGCCAUUGCCGUACCCACUGACGAUACGCGUGUCCGGGCGCGAUUAAGAGAAUUGAAAGAGCCAAUGACCCUAUUCGGAGAAGGACCCGCGGAGCGAAGAGACCGUCUGCGAGAGAUAUUGACGUCGAUCCAAGAAUCGGCUGAUCACCUACAGGAUGAGGUCAUGCGCGAUGCGACUGAGCAGCCUGACGACGAAGGUGAAGCGCAAGAAGAGUUCUAUACCAUAGGGACAGACGCACUACUGAAUGCGAGAAAGCACUUGGCAAAAUACUCUCUGGCCAAAGCUCAAGGACGAGUACUGUAUCAAAAACAGGAGGCUACCAUCCCGCUCAGGUCGCACGUAAAGCACCGCGAAGACAUAAAGCACGGCCUCGCGACGUUUGAACUUUUCGGCUCGCAGGUCGCCGGUGACAGACCUGUCAGUUUAGCUCGAUUCUCACCAAAUGGCCAGUUGGUCGCAGCUGGCCAUUGGGGAGGUGGAAUCAGGAUCCUAGAUGUGCCAAACCUCGAACAGAAGCAUAUUUUCAGGGGACAUACAAGCCAGAUUGGUGGGUUGACAUGGUCUCCGGGUGCUACAUUACCAGGAAGCAAUGUCUCUACAGGAUCAGUCAAUUUGGCCUCAGGGGGUGGAGAAGGACAGAUACACCUAUGGUCAUUGGAGAAAGAUGUGCCGCUAGCUACACUAUCUGGACAUCUCGGACGCGUAUGCCGAACUGAAUUCCAUCCCUCGGGCAGGUACCUCGCUUCUGCAUCGUAUGAUACCACCUGGCGCAUGUGGGACGUAGAGACAACAACCGAGUUACUGCUACAAGAAGGUCAUUCGAAAGAGGUAUACACAGUUGCCUUUAACCCUGAUGGCUCCCUCGUGGCCAGCGCCGGUCUUGACAGCAUAGGUCGUGUAUGGGAUGUCCGCAGUGGACGCUCUGUCAUGGUCCUGGACAGCCACAUUAAGCCAAUCUACGCUCUGGACUGGAGCAUCGACAGUCAUCGCAUCCUGACCGGCUCCGGCGAUGGGUUUGCCAAGUGCUGGGACAUCAGAAAGAUCAGAGAAACAACAGCGAUUGCGUCCCAUCAGGGAGGUGUCACAGACCUGCAUUGGUUCAAAGGCGUAGAUGGCCCAUAUAGCGGCAAACCCCUCGCAACAGACGCAGAAGGAAUGCCGGUGCCGAAGCACGCAGGCACGUACUUUGUCUCAUGCGGCUUUGACAAGAAGAUCAAGAUAUAUUCAUCCGACGACUGGGAGAUUGUCAAGGUGCUCAGUGGUCAUACUGGAAAUGUUCUCAGCGUAGACGUCUCCUCGGACGGCGAAUAUAUUGCCAGUAGCGGCCACGACCGAACGGUGAAGAUAUGGAAGAGAGAUUUGCCUGUGACUGAAGCUAGAGAGAACAUGGAGGAGUGAGACAGAUGAUAUUCUCCCGUAUCGUGAGAUAUAUCUCUCCUCCAAUCACUCUUGAGCAUAGCACAUGCUUACACAGGCACAGCGAUCCGAGACGUCAGCCAAGCUGGCGACAAGCUCAAGGCUCUUGAAGGAAGAGCUUCGUCGGUAAUGUGAGGGACUCUACUAGUGCCGUCAGACGAACCAUGCUGAAGGCAGAUAGUGAGCGAAAUGAGACCAUCGCUCAAGUAAGAGAGAAGUAAACUCUGGGGUUCUGCACGAAGAGGAGCGGCCAAGAUACUGAUACCAACAAAAUGAAAAGCUUUCACAUCAAUUUUUUGCUGUCGACGCACCAAGC